UGCAGCCUGUUAUAUAUACGCUAAGGAGGCGUGUGGUUACGCUCCACUCUGCUAACGUCGCUUUUGGCCAACUGAAAACAACCCGAGUGUGUGUUGGCGAUUAGUAAAACAGCAGCCGUGCCCCGCCGCGCCCCCACCCCUAGCGGAGCCGUCAUGUGGCAGGAGGCCCGCAAACAUGAGCGCAAGCUCCGUGGCAUGAUGGUAGACUACAAACGGCGAGGCGAGCGCCGGCGAGAGUACUACGAGAAAAUAAAAAAAGAUCCUGCUCAGUUUCUUCAAGUUCAUGGUCGAGCCUACAAGAUCCACCUGGAUCCAGCUGUGGCACUGGCUGCAGAGAGCCCUGCAAACAUGAUGCCUUGGCAAGGAGAUGCCAACAACAUGAUUGACAGGUUUGAUGUAAGGGCUCACCUGGACUACAUCCCCACCUACACUCCACCUCUGCUCACCACAUCCACUCCAGAGCAGGAGAUGGAGGAGAGAAAGUGUAACUAUGAGCGCUACAGAGGCCUUGUACAGAAUGACUUUGCCAACAUCUCUGAGGAGCAGUGUUUAUACCAGAUCUACCUGGAUGAGCUCUAUGGUGGUCUGCCCAAACCAAAUGAGGAUGAGAAGAAAAAACUGGCUGAGAAGAAGGCCACCAUUGGUUACACGUAUGAGGACAGCACUGUAGCAGAGCCUGAGCCCCAGUCAGACAAGGAGGAAGACAAUUCAGAAAACAGUGAAUCCGAAGAUGACGAAGGCAUUCCAGAUAUCGAUGUGGAGGUUGAUGUUGAUGAGCUGAACCAGGAGCAGGUGAUGGACCUGAACAAAAUAGCAACGCCAUAUGGAAUGGCUGAAGGAGACUUUGUCAGGAUGUUGAGAAAAGACAAGGAAGAAGUGGAGGCCAUCAAACAUGCCAAAGCUCUGGAGGCGGAGAAGGCCAUGUACUCUGGCCGCCGCUCUCGUAGACAGAGGAGGGAGUUUAGAGAGAAGAGGCUAAAAGGAAGACAAAUCAGCCCUCCGAGCUACGCCAGGAGAGACAGUCCAACAUAUGAUCCUUAUAAACGGCCAGAGUCAGAGUCCAGCUCUGAGUCACGCUCACGCUCACGUACUCCCGGUCCAGAGAAGAUCACCUUCAUCACCAGCUUCGGCGGCAGUGACGAGGAAGCCGCGGCAGCACCGCAAACAGCUGCUCCUCACUCUGGCCACGCCCCUUCCAACUCGCAGCACUCUGCAGGUCAUAGCAGGGGCUCCCGGAGACGAAGGUCAUCCAGCAGCCACUCCCCUUCUUCCUCCUCGCACUCCUCCUCUCGGUCCUCGUCUCGCUCAUCGUCACAUUCACGCCGACCCCGACGAGGACGCGGGGGAAGAGAUGGGCGUCGAUCCCGGAGUCGCUCGCGGUCAAGGCGGCGCUCUAGGUCCUACUCCCGAGGUAGAGGAGGGAACGGAGGAUCGUGGAGGAGACGUGACCGGUCACGCUCCAACGACAGAGACAGAGAACGCGAGAGGGACAGAGAGCGAGAACGAGACCGGGAUCGAGACAGGGAUAGGGACAGAGACAGGGAUAGGAGACGAUACUCGGCACGUAGAAGAACAAGGUCCCGCUCGAGCUCACGUCAGGGCGGCAACUCGAGGCGAGGGGGUCGGAGCAGUGGAGGACAUCGUCGUGGUGACAGCGGCAGCCACAGUCCCUCACGAACCCCUAGCCGUCCUCGCCGUAGCCCAUCCCCUGCCCACAGAGGGGCCCAGCCUGCUACCAUUGCCAUCUCUGACAAGUUAAGAAAGCCUGACACUUCGGGUGGUAAAGAGACGGGAGCUGCCAAAGUCACCCAAGAUGACCCCACAGGAACGGCUGAAGCUGAAAAUGCAGAAGGCUCUCAACAAGCAGUCCAAGGCGGAUAAGAAAGCCGCUCAGGUGAAGAUCCAGCAGCAGGAACACAAACGACAGG